AUGCAGGCAUUCAGAGGGUUCUCUCGGGUAUGCCACAGACAACUCUGCUACGACCUGGCAAGACGUUCCCUGUCUACAGCCUCUGGGCCCUCUGAGCCUAACGUCUCUGUGCCAUGGUUCAUGGACCCCUCUGAGGUCUCUAACCCACCCACAGCAUCAUCUGUCCACCGACCCACGCCCCCACACCUCCGACCGUCUUCCUUAGAGCCGCUGGCCCCUCUUCCCGCUACCAUUCCUGCCGACAGCCAUAUCGUGCACUUGCACGCCGCGCUCAGGACCUCGCCGCAUCUCGAACCGGGGACGCUGCUCGUGCGGGAGCCCGUACCGACGUCUGUAGGACCACCGCUUCCCGAUGCGAUGCCGAAGGGGCGCAGGAAGCGGGGGAGGACAUAUGCCGGGGAGCCUGUCUAUGACUACGAUGGCGGGAUCUGGAACUGGGUCGUCAUCGCACAGGUGAAGGAAGGUACGGAGAACCGAGGCGCCAUUGAGUCCGUCGUCCGGGUUGUGCGCAAAGUCCUUCUGACCGCGCAGCCGCCGGUCCUCCUGCCUCACAACACAAAAAAGCGGAUGAGUGACGGUUGGGCCAUGCUAGAUGCCGGGGACUUCGCGGUACAUAUAGUGAGCAAGGACGCGAGAGAGAAGUUCUUUCCGGACAGCAGACGCGAGUGGUCGACUUCAUGA